AGUGUAUUUAUAACGUUAAACUAUCGUCCCACGUUAUAAAAUCUAAAACAGCAUAAACAGCCAUGCUAUUUUCAUAUUUCCACCUCCUUCAUUUCCAGCUCCACCUUAAACAAAAACCAUGUCAGCUUUCAUGCAGCUUUUUUUUUUUUUUUUUUGCAUUGACGUCAGCUGCAUCCAGCAAGAAACACACAGAGGCUUUCUUCAUAUUUCCUAUGCAUUGAGUCAGAAUAUGGACAGAUAGUCCAGACACACUGGUGCCAAUUUUUAAAUGCAAUCUGACUGCGACAGCUGCUGAUUUAUAUCUCCCAUCACUGUGAGGAAGAAGCGACACUGCGUCCUAAAGGAUAACCGCAACAACAACCACCACUGUUGCCCAGAGUGCGGCCCAGGCACGAGCCCGCGACCGCCACAUCAGGCACCAUGAUGGAGGGGGGCAUGCAGCUGCUCAACCGCGACGGCCACAGCAUCUCGCACAACUCGAAGCGCCACUACCACGACUCCUUCGUGUCCAUGAACAGGAUGCGACAGCGCGGCCUGCUGUGCGACAUCGUGCUCCAUGUCUCCAACAAAGAAAUCAAGGCGCACAAAGUGGUGCUGGCGUCCUGCAGCCCCUACUUCCACGCCAUGUUUACCACGCUCGUUGUGUGCGGUCACGCAGAUGAGAUGUCGGAGAGCCGGCAGACCCACGUGACCCUUCAUGACAUCGACUGUCAGGCCUUGGAGCAGCUGGUCCAGUACGCCUACACAGCGGAGAUUGUGGUCGGGGAAGGCAACGUGCAGACGUUGCUCCCAGCAGCCAGCCUGCUGCAGCUCAACGGGGUGCGGGACGCCUGCUGUAAGUUCCUCCUCAGCCAGCUGGACCCCUCCAACUGCCUGGGAAUCCGAGGCUUCGCCGACACGCACUCCUGCAGCGACCUGCUCAAGUCGGCCCACAAGUAUGUCCUGCAGCACUUUGUGGAGGUGUCCAAGACGGAGGAGUUCAUGCUGCUGCCGCUGAAAUCGGUGCUGGAUUUGAUCUCCAGCGACAACCUCAACGUGCCAUCUGAAGAGGAAGUGUACCGCGCCGUGUUGAGCUGGGUGAAACAUGACAUAGAUGGACGCAGGCAACAUGUACCUUGGCUGAUGAAGUGCGUGCGGCUGCCGCUGCUGAGGCGAGACUUUCUGAUGAGCAACGUGGACACGGAGCUGCUGGUGCGGCACCACUCGGAGUGCAAGGACCUCCUGAUCGAGGCUCUCAAGUACCACCUGAUGCCCGAGCAGAGGGGAGUCCUCAGCAACAGCCGGACGCGCCCGCGACGCUGUGAGGGCGCCAGCCCCGUGCUCUUCGCCGUUGGUCAGUGUGCCCCUGAAGGUGGCGGCAGCCUGUUUGCCAUCCACGGAGACUGCGAGGCGUACGACACUAGGACUGAUCGCUGGCACAUGGUGGCGUCCAUGUCCACUCGGCGGGCACGGGUGGGCGUGGCGGCCAUCGGGAACAGACUUUAUGCCGUUGGAGGGUACGAUGGCACCUCAGACCUCGCAACCGUGGAGUCCUACGACCCUAUCACUAACUCCUGGCAACCGGAGGUUUCCAUGGGGACACGGCGGAGCUGUUUGGGUGUAGCGGUCCUGCAUGGCCUGCUAUAUGCUGCUGGAGGUUAUGAUGGAGCUUCCUGCCUCAAUAGUGCAGAGCGUUACGACCCUCUGACCAGUACAUGGACCUCGAUUGCUGCCAUGAGCACCCGUAGGAGAUACGUCCGGGUAGCAACUCUGGAUGGCAGCUUGUAUGCAGUGGGAGGUUAUGACAGCUCCUCACAUCUCGCAACAGUGGAGAAAUAUGACCCGCAGAGCAACACGUGGACAGCGAUCGCCAACAUGCUGAGUCGGCGCAGCAGUGCCGGGGUGGCCGUGCUGGACGGCAUGCUGUAUGUCGCCGGGGGCAACGACGGCACCAGCUGCCUGAACUCUGUGGAGCGGUUCAACCCCAAGGCCAACACCUGGGAGGGAGUGGCCGCUAUGAACAUACGAAGGAGCACCCAUGACCUGGUGGCGAUGGACGGCUGGUUAUACGCAGUUGGAGGCAACGACGGCAGCUCCAGUCUCAACUCCAUCGAGAAGUACAACCCGCGCAGCAACAAAUGGGUGGCGGCAUCCUGCAUGUUCACGCGGCGCAGCAGCGUUGGCGUGGCCGUGUUGGAGCUGCUGAACUUCCCGCCGCCCUCCUCACCCACCCUCUCGGUUUCCUCCACAAGCCUUUGACACGGGGUCACCGCUUGGCUGACCUCAGCCUCUGCUGCUACGGCCCAGGCUGGCUCUGGGAAGAGACGCAACUGCUCGGUUUGAGGAGGACGGGAGGAGGACAGGUAAAAAGGGUGGAGGGGGGAGAAGAGAAGGAAGGAAGGUGUGGAUAAGGCUCCUGGCUUCGUUAAUAUACAGUACCCUUCAGAAUUAGUGACACUCUUGGUUUAAAAAAAAAAUGUAAAACAUAAUGUAAAAAUUGAGGCAAGUAAAAAAAAGUUGUUAAUGUGCAGCACCCUGUAAUCUCUAAAGACAUGUUCCACACCAACUAUAAAUCACAAGAACCACAUGAUUCCCACCAAGAUUCUUUUUCAAUUUUAGGGUCAAACCAAUCUGGCCUUUACCAAGUAAAACUUUACCAAGUUUGCCAUUAAUCCUGGACUGCACUGUAUCUGGUCUGGAUGCCUUUAAACGCCGCUGUACAGCUCUACCAGCUCUCACUCUCUUCAUGAAUACAAAGAUGUUCCUGGAUGUGUUAACAACGACCGAUCUUUCCUCGAGCUCCUCUAUCCCCCCUCCCCCACCGCUCCAGUGUUUGACACACUCAUCGUGAAACGUGGUGGACACUUAAUUCUGUCAUGUGCGAUGUAAAUGUUUUUGGUUUGAUGUUGUCGUCCUCUGCAAUAUUUUUUCUUUUGAUGUCAGGAUUUUUUGCAAUAAUGUACAAAAAAAUACCCGAAUGAUUUUACUUUUGGAAUGUAGCUUUUGACUGGGUAUACCGUGCAUGUUUACGUAUUGGCAUUGACUCCCAACAGGAGGAUAAAAUGUUGUAGUGCUGCUAUGCCACGCUAGGUGGCAGUAACAGGCAAUGUUAUAAACCCUUCCCACACUGCAAAGACAGCAUGGACACAGAGAGAAGUGAGGCCCUCAGAACUGUAUACGAGUUUAGAUCUUUUUUUUUUUAUAUAAACACAGAGAGAAGAAUUAUGUUGAACUAUAUGUAUUUAUAAAAAUGAUAAUAUAUUCUGUUUUAAAGAUGCUUAGAGAAGGAAACAGAUCAGAACCUAUGCCUAUUUAAGAGUGUUUUUAAUAUAUUUAUUCAGGUGUGUGAUGUGCAUAUCGUCAAUAGAAAUGACAAAGAGAAUGUCUAAGUGUGAGAGAGGUUUGGUUUGUGUGCAUUUGGAGUUGGUUAAGAGAGAUUGUUGCAUUUUGAUAUGCAGCAUUUCAUUUACAUUUCUUAAUGUUUCUUCACUGCCACGAGCAUGAUCUCACAUGAAACCUUAUGUCCGCUACAUUUGUGCAAAAGGCUUUUAGAUGCUCGCAAACAUAUUGACCAGUCAAAGAAGAGGCCUCUAUAUUGUCUUAAAUCCUACACUUGUCAAUUAUUUUUAAGGAUAAAAUCCUUGGGACACAGUUAAAGAUGACAUUAAAGUUUACCUACUGUAUACCAACACUUGACACUAAUAUGAGUAACGCUGUUGACACUUGGUGCUGUCAUAUUUCCUUCCAUACAUAAUCAAGUGUGGUGUCUUGUUAUAUUACCUCAUUGUUGAAAUGGAUCCAACUCUGUUGCAACAAAGUUGAACUAGAGAAACAACUGUAUAAUUAACUACAAAUACACUGGCUAUAGCAUGUGUAGUAGGUGACUCGAGAGUGUCACCGCUGAACUUGCAUUGUCUAAAAUAAAUGGAUUACUUUGAGUCUUCUUGACUCAGUUGAUACCCGGGUUCAGUUCAGAUCAUGUGUAGCGCAGUGAUACUAUUCCAAACUUCUGAGAAGUUGCCUUUUUUUUUUUUUUUCUUCCUUUUUUUUUGAAGGAUUUUGUUGAUCCGGUUCCGUUUAUCUAUAACUACCUUUCAUUUUGUUCGAGCGGACCCAGUAGAAUAGGGGCUGUGAUGGUCUUAUGGAGAUGCUGUUAUUCCGUGAAGUCGCUGUGAGUAAGGGCCAGACUUUUUAAGAGAAAGGCGCACAAAAACCACAUAAGACUUUGGCCUCCAUUCUGCUGAUCGAAACUGUAAAUACAAAAUCCAUUUGUGCAAUUUCAAAGUGACUGUAGCUUUUUUUUUUUUGUUCAAUGUGGUGAUAAUUGUUAAUUUAUUAUAUGUUUGUUAUUUAUGAGGAACUUUAAAAUAUUGAAUUUUGCACUAUUGCGAAAUGGAGCAAUACACUGUAAAAAAAAAAAAAAA